GCAGCACUAAACUGACAAAUGACAGAAACCAAAUUGAGUUUGCCUUUAAGGUUAUUUUUAUAUUGUAUUAUUAAUUUUGAAAAUAGUACUUCUCUUAUUUACUUUUAUGCAGUUUAAAAUAUAUCAUACAUAACAUGGCUACAAGAAUAUUAGGACGCGUAAUAGUUUCAACAAUAAUAAAUUCAUUUAAACCCAUUGUUCUUAAUACAAUUGAAAAUAACUACAGAAUCGUUUGUGUUGAUAAUUUCAAAUACACUACAGUUAGGAACUAUGCUAAAACCAAAAAUAAAGGAAAAGAAAAGAAACCCAAAGGUAAAGUGGAAAUUAAUACUCAGAUGAUGUCUGAGCUAGUUCCAGUAGAGAAGCUACAAGAAAGGUGUAAUGCAGCUAUCGAAAAGAUGAAAGAUGAUUUCGCUAAGAACUUAUCAUUGCGCUCAACAACGGGAUCUAUAGAAUCACUUCCUGUGAAAUUUGAAGGAAAAGAUUAUGAAUUACAAGAACUUGCUCAAAUAGUACGAAAAAAUCCUAAAACAAUCGUUAUUAAUUUUGCUUCAUUCCCACAAGCUAUACCUGAUGCUCUUAAGGCUAUUAAUGCUUCAGGUCUUAAUUUAAAUCCACAGCAGGAUGGUACAACUCUUUAUGUUCCUGUGCCAAAAGUCACUAAGGAGCAUAGAGAAGCUCUAGCCAAAAAUGCGAAAGCUUUGUACAUUAGAUGUCGGGAUGCUGUAAAGGAUGUACAAAAUGAUUACAUUAAGAAAGUUAAAAAACAAACGGGUGUGUCAGAGGACCUUAUUUUUAAUGUAACCAAACAAAUCACUGCAAUGUGUGAUGAAUUCCAGACCUCUGCAAAAAAUAUUUAUGAAUUAAAGCAUAAUGAACUUGUUGGAAAGUAAUAAUAGUUAUUAUGUGUGCCAUCCUUAACAUUGUUUUUAUAUUUUAGGAAUAUUAUUGUAACAUGGCAUUAAUUAUAAUAAAUGAAUAUGAAUAUUAUAAAAAUGAA